GAGCCGAGUUAGCAGCCAGACGCAUUUCUCCUUCAGUCUCGCAAGUAACCCAAAAAUCAAACCAUCAACAUGAAAGCCGUGAUCUUUGUGCUCACCGCCUUGCUGGCCGUUGCCGGAAAAGCCCAUGCCCAAUGCUCAAAAGUUCCGCAGUAUUCGGAAAAGAUCGACCCCGUUAUCUGCCCCGUGGGUAAUAUCAAGUUGGCCAACUACGAGAACGCCGCAUCCUACUACGAGUGCGUUAAAGCUGGCGCCAACGGCACAUUGACUAGCUGCCCAACUGACACCUACUUCAACUAUGCAACUCAGCAAUGCAGGACCUGCGCUAAUUACUUCCCAAGCACCCAGUGCAGCAGUCUGACCAUCAACGUUACCUGUGUGCCCAUCGCCACCACUGUUGCCCCCACUGCUGCCCCCACUACCAUCUCCACUAUUGCCCCCACUGUUGCCCCCACUAGUGCCCCCACCGAAACCACCGUUACUUCCGCACCUUCCACAACCGUUACCUCCACCACUGAGGCACCUGGCGAGUCCACCACCGUGCCCGUCCCACCAACUGAUGCCCCUACAAGCACCACCACCGUUUCUGACGACAUCAUCACCCCCGCUGGUACCACCAUCUCCGUGCCCCAGCCCCCAUCCCCCAACGACAGCAACGUGCCCACUCCAGUGACGCCCGCGCCCACAGCUCCAGUCAUCAACGACACUCCUCCGACCGCGGCUGUGGCCGACACCGUAUAA